UGCUCUCUCCCAUCCUAUUACCAGCACAAUCAGCCACUCUUUGUCUCUGCUCAGGAGAGAAGGCAGAGAGUCAAAGGUUUUUGCCUGAAGAAAGCUGACUUUUCAUUUUGCAGACUUUUUGACCCUCUGGAAGAAGGCCUGGGCAGUUGGCAUAACAAUUAUUGACUUCUAUAACACUUCUAUACCAGAGGUGUCAAAUAGCCAGUGAAGCUGCAUGAAGAGACACAGAUUCUAUUUGGAAAGGUCUUUGAUACUAUAGACCAUGCAGACCAUUUGGAUCUUGCUGCUUGCCUCUAUGGGCUUCUCCACUCUGGCCAGUGCUAAGAAAGGCCUCGAAUUCCCUCGUUAUGAUGGCGAAGACCGUGUCCUGGACAUAGAUGAUAAGAACUACCGCAAAGCUCUGAAGAAAUACGACAUGCUGUGUCUGUUCUACCAUGCUCCUCCACCGGCUGCCAAAGAGCUUCAGAAACAGUUGCAUUUGACUGAACUAGUGCUGGAGUUAGCUGCUCAAGUCUUGGAGGAAAAGGAUAUUGGCUUUGGAAUGGUUGACUCCCAGAAAGAUGCAAAGGUUGCCAAGAAACUAGGUUUACAUGAGGAGGGUAGCGUCUAUAUCUUUAAGGAUGACCGUGUGAUCGAAUUUGAUGGACUUCCCUCUGCAGACACUCUUGUGGAAUUCCUUUUGGAUCUAUUAGAAGAUCCGGUUGAGAUAAUUGACAAUGCUCUGGAAUUACGAGCUUUUGACCGUAUGGAGGAAGACAUCAAACUCAUUGGCUUUUUCAAGAGUCAUGAGUCUGAACAUUAUCUUGCUUUCCAAGAGGCCGCUGAACAGUUUCAGCCUUUUAUCAAAUUUUUUGCCACCUUUGAGAAAUCUGUUGCUAAAGAGCUGACUCUGAAGAUGAAUGAGGUGGACUUCUAUGAGCCCUUCAUGGAGGAACCAGUAACCAUUCCAGACAAACCCCACUCAGAAGAAGAGCUGGUGGCCUUCAUAUCUGAACACAGGAGACCAACUCUAAGAAAGCUUAAGGCAGAGGACAUGUUUGAGACCUGGGAGGAUGAUUUGAAUGGGAUUCACAUUGUAGCUUUUGCUGAAGAGGAGGACCCUGAUGGUUUUGAAUUCUUGGAGAUUUUAAAGGAAGUCGCCAGAGACAACACACACAACCCAGACCUGAGCAUUGUGUGGAUCGACCCAGACAACUUCCCAUUGCUCAUUCCUUACUGGGAGAUGACCUUCAAGGUAGACCUCUUUAGACCACAGAUUGGCGUGGUUAAUGUUACAGAUGCGGAUAGUGUGUGGUUGGAGAUACCCAAUGACGAUGAGCUGCCGACAGCUGAGGAGCUGGAAAACUGGAUAGAAGAUGUCCUUUCUGGAACAGUAAACACAGAAGAUGAUGAUGAUGACAAUGAUGAUGAUGAUGAUGAUGACGACGACGACGACGAUGAUGAUGAUGAUGAUGACGAUGAUGACAAUGAUGAUGAUGAUGAUGAUGAAUAACUCCUAUACUGUGAAAAUCUGAGAAAACAUUUCUUGUCUUUCAAAAGCUAAUCAUUUUGUACAUCAGUGGAUAAACUGCAUAGUGUUCUUAAUGUUACAUUUAAACGAUACAAGAGAAAAAUGUUUCAUUUAUACUGGUGACCAUUACUUUGGAAUCAUUUCCAUGAAGCUCUAUUUAAAGUGUUAAUUCACCCCAAAAUUGUCCUCAUCCUUGUGUUGUUCCAAACCAUCAUAGCAUUGUUCAUCUUCAGAAAAAAAAUUAAAACAUUUUAGUUGAAA